UUAUUUUGACAUUUAAUUGUAGGAUUUAGGUUCCGCCUCCCGGAAGUUGUAGCUAGCUUCUGAAAUCAAGCAUCACGUGAAAUAAGAACAGAAGAUGGAGGCAGACUCGUCUCUCCUGAGCUCGGAGAUGGAUCUGCAACAGCAAGAAGAGCUCUACCAACAGCUUUUGCUACAGACGAUGGGAAAAAUGCAAAGUGAAAAUCCUCCUGAUUCUAGAGUCAUUCGGCCACAGCCUGGUCUGUGUGUGAAGACUCUCACCCUGCCUGACAAACGGAAGGUAUUUGUCAACAUCUGUCAGUCUGCUGCCGUCCCGCCCCCGCCCCACCUCUCCAGGGAGGCACUAGUGGAGCUCCUCGAAUCAGAAGACCCCACAGGAUACAGAGUACCCAUGAGCAUCGGAGAGGCCCACACAGAGGUGGACAACAACUCCCAAGGCUGCACAGCCUAUGACGUGGUCAUCAGUGAAGAGUUCUUCCAGAAAUGCCAGAAGGAUCCUCUAUUCCAGCAGUUUCUGAUCGCUGUGUCAUUAGAGGGGCUGGAGAACAAAUACAACCUGGAGCUCAGCCGAGACUGGAAGGUUCUGAAGAACAGGAAGUUUCUGGGCUCUGUGAACGAACAGAAUAUUCGCACCAAGAGCAAACCUGUGAUUCAGGAAAUAGACCCCAAGGAUACUCACACACCCCCAGAACCAGCCAAACGGCCAGAGUUCUGUCUGCUGGUGGAGCCCCCUGUAGGUGAUCCAGAGUUUCUGAUAGCAGAGAUUCAGCUGCCUGGAGUGGCCUCCUCUCUCUCCCUCGUUCUGGACCUUGGGGAGGACAGGCUGGUUCUGAAUGCCCGGCCCUCCCUCUUUCAUCUAGACUGUUUCAUUCCCUUCUUCAUUGACCAGGAGGGCAGCGUAGCACAGUACAACACCAACACACAGAUUCUCACGGUGACAAUGCCAGUGGUGUCUUCAUGAAGAAACUGAAUGUCAGAUGUUUAUCCAUUUGUUGUAAAUGAAAAUAAAACUGUUAUUAUUA